AUGGCGGCUGUGCGGGAGGACGACAGCUCUGCUGGAUGGACUCUGAGGAGAAACCCAAAGACACAACAGAGGACUCAGUGUGGAGAUGGGUGGGGACAACCAGCUGGUUCUUCCUGUAACAUCAGCUACAUCGACCCAUUGGACAGUGGAGUUUACUGGUGUGAGUCCAGAGAGGGUCCCAUCAGUAACAUGGUUAACCUGACAGUCACUGGUGGAUCAGUGAUCCUGCAGAGUCCUGUCCUCCCUGUGAUGGAGGGAGAUGACGUCACUCUGCACUGUAAAAACAAGACUGGUCCCUCCAACCUCCCAGCUGCUUUCUAUAAAGAUGGCUCCCUCAUCAGAGAGGAGCCUACAGGUCACAUGACCAUCCACCAUGUUUCCAGGUCUGAUGAAGGCCUCUACAAGUGUGACAUCAGCGGUCAUGGAGAGUCUCCAUCCAGCUGGAUCACUGUCACAGGAAGUGAUCCAGAUGCAGUCUACUCAACAGUGAGAAUAUAUGAAGAUGUCAGUGAUGGACAAAUAGCCAACAGACCAAGAGGCUUUAAACUAGUGCCAAAUGUCAUCUACUCUGGGCUGCAGUAGUCCACCAGUCCAACCACAGCCGCAAUCCAGCUGCUGGUCUCUAACCGACCCUGCCAACACCUCAGACCAGAGGACAUCAACAUGUUCAAAAGUAUAUUUUAUUCUAUACCUGUCUAAUUACAAUGAACCCAACCAAAACAUACAUAUUACUUAAAGACACAC